GCACUUAACCAUAAAGAAAGCCCCCCAACAAACGAAACUUAACGAAAAGCGAAACAAUUUCCAUACAAAAAACAUAAAAACCAACCAAACGUGAACUAAAAAAAGCAAAACUAAAACAAAGCAAUGGGCGCCAAGGAAAGUGUCGAGGCAGCCGCCAAACUAAACGCCGAUGGCUGGGGUCAUGUGGAGCGAGGAAGUCGCUACCACGGCCAUCGGCACAAUCAGCGAUCGCAGUCGUUAAAUCGCGGACAGGCGCUCUCGCAGGCGGACGUGAGCGGAAUGUGGUGACAUCGGGGUGCCUCUG